GACUGUAGCGUCUAUUUCCUUAUCAGUGGCUGCCUGCAAGUCUCUCAGAAAGACAUGGAUUCUAGCGACGAGGUAUAUAUAGUAUGUUAAGAUAACACGGUUUUCAUCGACCAAUCUCACAACUUGUCAACAGGCUUGCAGCAAGCUUGUAAGUUGUAACAAUAGUUGUCAUUUCAUCAAGUUGCUACAAUGUUGUCACUCACAACUUGUUAACAAAUUAUUGAAUUCAAGGACGAUAACAUGUUGGAACAACUUGUGACAAAUGUUUUGAGUCGACAACAUUAUACACGCGUAAAAAUUGAGAAAAUCAACGACUUGUUCCAGGUGGAUAUCAACAGGCGUGAACAAGGUUGUGCGGCCCACUAUGAACAGUAUUGUCAACAUGUUGUUACAGCAUUGUUCAACUGUAACAACUUGGUUGACAACUGUUACAGCAUUGUUCAACUGUAACAACAUGGUUGACAACUUGUUCAUAGUUGGCCGCGCAACAUUGUUCACGCCUGUCGAUAUCAACUUGGAACAACCUGUGCGCGUUUUUAGCCGUGUGGCAAGUUGUCAACAAACUGUUGACAAAGUUGUCAACAAGAUGGGUACAAGCGUUGCUAACACAUCCUAAAACGAGUUGUUGCAACAGUUUUACGUGUGUUUACAAGUUAAAAUUUUCUUUGAUGUGGAGAAAGCGUACUACAAUAAAUUGCAGUGCUUGUCAACUUUCGUUGAGAUUUAACGUUGUCUUCUGUAAAUAAGCGUUUGUUUAUUGUGCUUCGCUUCCAAACAUCAUACAACAAUUGCCUUAAAGAGGGAAGCCUCGCAGUGCCUCGGAAAGUCGUCUCCAAUUGGAUGGGGGGUUUUCUAAAGAACGAAGCAAUUCAUUGUUCUGAACACAAAGCAAUUGUCAAGUCGGGCCAAUGAAAAUCACUCUUCCGAGCUACUGCGAGGCUACCCCUUAAAGAACCUGGGACACCAUAACAGGUUAACGCCAAUUACAGUGGGCAUGACAAGCCAUGUGAACUGUUUUCAAGCAACUAUAUAACCUUUAGAAACUGAUGAAAUAUAUCCCAUUUAGAACGUGUUGUACGUCACUCAUCCUGGGGAAUUCGUGGGCAGUCUCUCCGUCAUAACUGGCGAACCAUCACUGUUUACAAUCAAGGCUGUCAAGUUUUGUCAACUUGGUGUCUUGAGCAAAAGUGAUAUCUACGGGUACGAUUGUGUAAUUUAUGACUGCAGACAACUGUCUAUUGUUUUUUCUCAAAGAUUGAUGCAUGGAAGAGUUUCUUCUGUACUCAUUUGAUGUGAUGAAAUCACUCUGAGUGUUCCAUCCCUAUAUAACUCAAGAGACCCAUCCCUAUAUAACUCAAAGCUUGUAGCCAGAAGGGUGUAUUGGGACGCCCUACAACGAAAAAUGGCCCAAAUUCCGGGGAGGAAAGUGUAAUGAUUCUCAAUGAUUUCCCUAAAUAUAUUAACAUAUCUCAAACGAAAUAGCUUCAGUUUUCAAUAUUAUUAUACAUUUGACGUUUUGAUUACUUUGAUGAUAAAAAUGUCGUAGUUACGUAAAGAAGCAUAGCAGCACAAAGCUCACAAAGCCGGGGAUGUUUGAAAAAUUUCGACCCCCCCCCUCCCCGACGUAGAUGGGUCAUUGUACCAAAAUUGGACGCCCUUUUUCAGGCUAAAAGGCCUGCCUAACCCUAAUGCAAUCUUUUCCGACGAAUUUUUGGUGUGAUGUCACUACAUCAUUAAUUUGCGUGGAGAAUAGUUUUCCCCUUUGAUACACGCGCAUUCUCACACUUUCGUGUUCAUUUUAGUAUUCUUCUACAAAGACCACGUGUUAUUCUGAAUCUCAGCAGUACGCUGACGUCACGAUUGACACCGCUGGUCAGAAAUAUUGACUACGCUCUUGACUGGGUUUACAUGGAAGCUGGACGAGCCAUAUACAGGUAUGCUGUUGUGAAGAUAGCUGUGUUUAUAGCUAUAUUAACUAUCAGUUCUAAACUGUUCUCCAUGGAGGUCCAGUAUAAGGAUCUUCUCUUAGAAGUCAUCUCUUACUGGUAGGAGUCAUCUCUUACUGAUCCAGUGUUACUAGAAAAACUUAAACUGAACAAACUUUAUUUAUAGCUCUAUCAGUUCUAAACUGUUUUUCCUAGAGGUCCGGUAGGAGUCAUCUCUUAUUGAUCCAGUCUUACUACCGGAGGAAACCUAAACUAAACUAACUUCAUUUAUACUGGAUAGCUCUAUCAGUUCUAAACUGUUUUUCGUAGAGGUCCGGCAGGAGUCAUCUCUUAUUGAUCCAGUCUUACUACCGGAGGAAACUAAACUAACUUUAUUUAUACUGGAUAGCUCUAUCAGUUCUAAACUGCAGUUCUCCCUAGAAUUCCAGUAAGGAUCAUCUAUUAUUGAUCCAGUGUUACUACCGGAGGAAACCUAAACUAAACUAACUUCAUUUAUACUGGAUAGCUCUACCAGUUCUAAACUGUUCUCCCUAGAGGUCCUGUAAGGAUCAUCUCUUAUUGAUCCAGUGUUACUACAGGAAGAAACAUGAACUAAAUUAUUUAUACUGGAUAGACACAUGCAUUAACCAUGCAUUGUAAACCAAAACCUUACACAGGCCCAAGAACAGGAUUCUGUGACAUCUUAGGGAAUAUAAAGCUAUAGUUAUUUUGAGUCUUUGCAUGCAUGAGAGCACUCACUCAUAUAUAGGUGUUUUCCCCCCAGACAAGGCGACCAGUCAGAUUGUCUAUAUAUUGUUCUCAAUGGUCGUCUGAGAUCUGUUGUCACUCAAAAUAAGAAAAAAGAACUGGUCGGUGAACAUGGUCGAGGGGAAUUAGUUGGCGUGGUAAGUAUGUACGUAUACUGUAUGUACCAUAGGCGAAAUUUCCUGGAAAUCAUAUCCGAGGGCGCGCAUGGGAAAGUCAGCUUCCCUUAAAUAUAGGUUAUAUAGGCAUGCAUCCUUAAAAAAUCAACACGAAACAGUUCUCACCAGUUGAAAUUUUUAUAAUAUAUGGAAAUUGAUGCGUAUUCUAAAACAUGUAAUAUAAGGCUCUUUUCAUCGCAAAAACCAGCUCGCAAGCUUGUUGCUAGUACUUUCAUCCAAGCGCAAUGCUCGACUAUUUGAUAGCUAUAAACGCAUUCGCAGUGAGUUGGUAUUUGCGAUUAGUAGGAAAGAUAUAAGAUGACCGUACGAACAUUGGUAUUUUUUAGGUAGAAGCGUUGACGCAAAAUCCACGAAUGGCUACCGUUCAUGCUGUGCGGUAAGAUUCAUAUGGUAUCACGGUCCGGCUUAGGGCGUGUUUCACUAUAGGCUUUGCUAGACAACAUGCAUUUGGACUUCUAUGGAUAAAUAUUAGCCAAUUAGCGAAUAAAGAAUUCCACCAUAGGUUUUGCUAGACAGAAACAUCGCUAAACAAAACCCCACGACCCCAUCCGAUUGAGAGAAUGGAACAUGACUUAAAAAGCUUUAUAUUACAGUAAUAUCUUACGAAUCCUUGCGACAUACAAUAGAGGUAUAGAAGACGUACGGCUUUAUUGAGAUUUUAUUUUUAUUUUUUUUAUACAGUGAUACGGAAGUGGCCAUUCUUCCUGACGGAUUACUGAACGUUAUAAAGCAUAAAUACCCUCAGGUGUGUACGAAAUACCGAAAUUAGCAAAAAAUACAGACUUUGAUAAAAAUUACUUUGGUUCAUUUUGAAGAUAUAAAAUAAAUUAGUUAAUAAUUCUAUUAAUAUAUUAACAUUUAAUUCUUCUCUUUAAAUUGUUGUGAAAAUGUUUUGAAACCUGUGUCACUGUGUUUUAGGUCGUCAGCCGACUUAUUCAUUUAUUGGGGGAGAGCAUUCUUAGUCCCAUGAAAGCUAUGCAGUUAGGUUGGUUGCUUUAUAUAAACUUAAUAUCGAAAUUUUACUGCCUUUAUUUAUUCUGGAUAGCCCUACCAUUUCUAACCUGUUUCCCAUGGAGGUUUUAAUUAAAGGCAUCUGUUAUUGCUUUGUCAAUGUUAUUAUGAGAGGAAACCUAAACUAAACCAUUUUAUAUUGGACAUACCCUGCCACCAACCACUUGAGUUCUAUCAAUUCUAUAUGAGAAUGCCGUAAGAAAACCUUUCAAAAAGGAAACCUCUCAAAUUAGAAUGCCGUAAGAAAACCUUUAAUACUUGGUUGAGUCAAACCAUAGCCUAUCGAAGAGAAGAUGGCUGUGAAACUCAUUAGAAUAACAAUAUAACUCAUUAUCUAUGUUAGUCAAUGUUUAUUCAUAAAUCUUUCACCGUCAUGUGUGUAUUGUAUUUUUGCCAAAUCCACCAAUAGCAAUUUCCAAUUUAUCCUAUUGUUCGAGUCACGGAUAGAUAGCAUUGCUAUUGGUUAGUUGGGCAAAAAAUACAAUACGCACAUGACGGUGAAGGACCAGAUUUAUGAAUAAACAUUGACUAACAUAGAUAAUGAGUUAUAUUGUUAUUCUAAUGAGUUUCACAGCCAUCUUCCCUUCGAUAGGCUAUCAUGGUCAAACUAGAAGCACUUUUUGUCCUGAGUGCCAGAAUUUUAAUCGCUUCUUCCUUGUUCUAGAGCAUUCAGGAGAAGCGAGUGAAGUGGGAACGAAUUUGGGAACGAUAGCUAUUGUCCAGGCUUCUGACGAAGUGCCGUUAAGCAACUUCGCGUUCGAGUUAAGUUUGGCGCUAAACAGUAUAGGUAUGUUUAUUGUUAUUGAUAAUUGUGAAAUACAUUUAUAAUUCACGAGGAAAAACAAAAGAAAUCGCUGGCGUGUCGGUGCAUGGUUUUAUAUGUGAUAAAAAAUCAUGUUCAUUUACAUAAACUUUAGCUUUGGUUAUCUCGGCUUAGACAACGCUGAUUUUUAAAUUACUUCGCCAAUGAACUCAUAAGAUGGGUCGUUUUUUAAGCCAUUUAAAACACUCGCAGUGCGUGCUUUAUGUAAAUGAACAUGAUUCUUUAUCACAUAUAAAACCACCGACACGCUAAUCAUUUCCUUAUGAAUUAUUAGUUAGUUUUUUUUUAAGGUGAUUCAUCAGUAAUUGUUCUGGAAAUCCCCCACCCCCAUAUGGCGCCAUCUUGACUCUUUUACGAGUUACAGGAACAAUCGCAAUUGCUCAACCGUUAUUGAAUUUUUUAACAAGGAUCCUACCAAAAAAUUCUAUUUAGUUAUACAAGAAAACAUGAUAUUUUAGCGAAUCAAAAAAAAAAUAUGUCUUCCCAUCUUAGACAUAUUAUUUUGGAAAGCAUACAUUCCUGCUCGUGUUUUAAAUAGUACUUAAAAAGCUGUAUUAUUGUUUCCUCCAAACUAUUAAAAUCUGCUGCUACAAUUUAAGAGUACUUUGUGAUGUGUUUUUUCAGGACCCACUUUGCUUCUCACAAGCUUUCUUGUUCAAAGUAAACUAGGGACAUCUGCAUUAGACAGGUAAGACGGUAUAUAUAUGGCUUCAGCUUCGCUAGAUAAAUCUUACGUUAAAUUUCACGUUUACAAAUAUUACACACAACUAAACUAUCGCGACUUUUUUGCCGAGACGGUAACUCUGUGAUACCACUGAUACGCCUACAUUAUUUGUGCGCGCAACUUUUUUUUCUAAUGCUUUUACAAUAGUCAGGAAACGUAUCAAUAAUCAACAUUGACCGCACCUCUUAAUUUUCGGGAAUCCUUGUUCUAAAAUAAGUGAUUUGAAAUUUCGGAUCGCAGAGCAUGAUGCACAAGCAAUUUACUUAGUCAAAGUGAAAGUACAUGUCCUAACCAAUGUCUUACUAUUCUACAGGGUGUAUAAAAAAAACUGAACAGAUUUAAAAUUGCUCUCAAUUUCGCAAAACAGCUAUUUGUAUCCGUUUUUUUAUACAUAUAGCCUCUUUGGGUGCUUAUAAUGUAGAAUUAUGAGAAAAAUUUCUCGAACUCAAAUUUUGUGAACCAGGGGGGUGUGUCUUUUUCAACAAAUUAAAAAUGGCUCGCGCACAAAAUUUAAAAGCUGCAAUCAUAUUUUGAAUUAACAGAUGGAAAAUUUGUCGGGUUUUUAAUUACUGUACAAAAUUUCAGACAAUUUGGUUUAGUUUAAGCCCCUUAACUAUUCACGCAAAGUUACAUUUUUCUUAAAAAUCAGCUAUUUGCAUGCUUAAUUAAUGCAUUUGCCUAAUUUGCAUAUGUCAGCAAUAUGCAAAUUAGGUAAAGGCUUUAAUUAAGCAUGCGAAAGGCUGACUUUUUAGAACAAAAUGAAUAGUUAAAGGACUUAAACUAAACCAAAUUGUCUGAAAUUUUGUACAGUAAUUAAAAACCCGACAAAUUUUCCAUCUAUUAACUCAAAAUAUGAUUACAGCUUUUAAAUUUUGUGCGCGAGCCAUUUUUAGUUUGUUGGAGAAGACACACCCCCCUGGUUCACAAAAUUUGAGUUCGACAACACAACACGCAUACGUUGUCGUAGUUUGUGUGCUUGAUUUACACAGUACGACUCAAGUUGUUUGCAGUUUGCAUGCGACAGUUUUAGGCAAAAGUUGUGUAGUGUAAAUCGGUCUUCUUACAAUAAUUGUUUAUAAUGUUCUUUUAAAGUAUGCACGAAUAUCGUCUGUCGAGUUGGCUGGGUCAACAAGAGGAUCUUCAUCGCUUGGUUGUCUAUCAAGCAGAUCACUACAUGUCGGCGUGGACCAAGAGAUGUAUACGGCAGGUGAGGGUGGUGGGUGAUGAGUGAGGGUGAGGGAGGGGUCUGAACAAGCAGAUCAUUACAUACAUAUCAGCGUGGACCAAGAGAUGUAUACGGCAGGUGGGUGGGUAAGGGUGAUGGGUGGGGGAGGGGGUCUGUAUCAAGCAGAUCACUAUAUAUGUCAGCGUGGACGAAGAGAUGUAUACGGCAGGUGAGAGUGGUGAGUGGGGGAGGGUGUCUAUCAAGCAGGCCACUAUAUGUUUGCGUGUACCAAGAGAUGAUUGGAGUGAGGUUAAAUAUUCAGGGUCAAGGGGACUGUAACAAGCAGAUCGCUGCGUGAACAAGGAGAUGUAUAAGACAGAUGCAUUGUGGUAUAUUUUGCUAUCCUUGAACGUCAAUUAUCAAAAGCUAGGUUGACCGAACAAUUUUCAUAUUUUUAGGCUGAUCUUAUUUUAAUUGUUGCUUUGGGUGACAAAGAACCUCAUGUUGGACAGGUAGAUAUUAAGUGUAUAUUUUAUUUUUAUAAGUUAUCGUUAAAUAUAUAUGAAUGCAGUGUAUAUAUAUAUAGGAAACCUUUAAAUGUGCCAUUUAUCGCUUAUUAUUAUUAUUAUUAUUAUUAUUAUUAUUUUGUGAAAGGAGGAGUGGUAACACUAUAGGUUUCUUCCUGUCUGGUAAAAUGAAACACUCUUUUGUUUUGCAGCUUGAGAUGCAGAUGGAAAAUAUGCAAGUGCGUGCGCAGAAAGAGUUGGUUUUGCUUCAUCGUGCAUUACAUAAGAACAGAAUAACCAGAACUGUAGAGUGGUUGAAUGCCAGAGGCUGGAUCUCUGCACAUCAUCAUGUAAGGGUUUGUUUGUAUUAUUUGUCUGGGGUUUCUGUGUGAACUGUAUCUGUUUGCUUAUCUGCCAGUGUCUGUUUGUUUAUUCGUUUGUUAGUUUGUUUGUGUCUUGUGUUUGUUUAUUUGUUUGUUUUAUUUUGUUUGUUAUUUUGUUUGUUCGUCUUCUUACCCCAAUGACUGCAGAGUGAUUGAAUCCACAUCUCUGUUUUUCACUAUGCAAAGUCAAAUGUUUGCUUGUAUGUCUCUCUGUCAUUACCACUGAUGUCAUUACUUGUUGUUAUUCAGCCUGUAUUAAAGUAUCAGUUGUACGCCAGCUUGCAAUUUAUGCUUCUUUGUAACAUUCGCUUACGUUUUCGUCACUAGAUUCGCUGUCCAAAAAAGGUUUUGAGCAGAAAGUCGUUGGUAGAAAAGGUAGAUAUACUCCAUUAUUCAAAGAAGUCCAUGCUUUGUUAAAGCACACUACCAAUUAUUAACUACAAACUAUAGUAAAAAAGUCGCAGUAAAAAGAUUUUAUACAACUAACCCACAAUGGGCAAAGUUGUAACCAAACUAUUUUUUGUUUUUAUUUAGUAUCUUCAUAAUCCUGAUAAUUACGAAAUUCCAGCUCGGUAAGCAUCAGUCGAAUCCUGCCUAUACUCCCAGAACAGGGGUGUUGAAUUUUGGAAAAAUUUUAGUCGCUUAAAGGAUUAGUGUCAGGGUCAGGCAUUGCGGGUUUUUGUUAUUGUUUACAUUUUACUCAAAUACAACAAAUAGCUAUAAAAAUACCUUGUUUGGCACAUUUCUGAUAAAAAUCAGACAAAAAGAGCAAGGAUUAUGAAAGGAUGGUUUAAAUAUAUAUGACGGAUUGUAAAAACUUUCCAGAUCAUCUAAUCUGUUCGUCCCGAAAAAUGGCCGCCAGCAGGAGUUUGAGCCCGCGAAUUCCUGGUGUGACACUAAUCCUUUAAGUGGCUAUACCAGUGGAUACAAUCUCAUUACCAAAUUUAAUAUCAGGUCUCCAUAAAUCAAUGCGUUACGAAGUAUGUUCAUUGUAUUUAGAUAAAAUGAGAAAACAGUAAUAAUGCUGAGUUGGGCCUGGGGCCAGUUGUAUCAUUCAAGCCCGUUUUAAAUUAACUUAAAUUAACGGUGGAUAAGUCAAAAUUAAACAUCACUCUUAUAUCUCUCGUGAAUCAGUCAACUUAAAUAUUGUGCACUAAAUAUGUAGUUGUAAACAUUAUCGUUCUAUUAAGGUUCAAAACUUUUAGUUUGGUUGUUGAAUGAAUGAAUGAAUGGAUAGACUUGCUUUCUAUUUUGAGCAUAACCACCGUUUAAGCUAAAUGGGCUUGAUUCAACCGACCCCUGUACUCUUUUAAUUUCUAUGCUAACAUCAAUUUUUUUAUGGACUCAAUGAUAAUGGUCUAUUUCAUUUAUUUUCAAGUCAUUCAGAUUUCGCAAGGCUUGCUCGGCGUUUAACUGGGACUUCGGUAGGACUUGUUCUCGGAGGGGGCGGUGCAAGGUAGGAGGACAUUAUUACUUACAAAA